AUGUCUGCUACAUCCGGUUUACGAUGGUUAGAUGAGGAGGAUCAACCUCUUGAAGAGUUAUUAAAAGCUUGUUAUGUCAACGACACUACAAAAGUACUUUCUUUACUUCAAAGUGGAGUUAAUAUUAAUGAUUCUAAUGAUGACAAAGAUACUCCAUUACAAGUUGCUGCAAGUCAAGGACAUAUAUCUUUAGUUAUAUUAUUACUUGAUAAUGGAGCAAUAAUUGAUCAAUCUAAUAAAGUUGGUUAUACACCAUUCCUUCAUGCUUGUAGAGAAGGUAGAGAUAAAAUUGUUGAACUUUUAAUACAACGUGGUGCAUCACCAUACAAUACAACAUAUUUUGGAGCAACAGCAUUAACAUUAGCAUGUGCUGGUGGACAUAUUGAAGUAAUAAAAUUUUUAAUAUCUAUAAGAUCAGAAGUAAAUCCAAAAAUUAAAUUAAUAAGUAUUUCUCCAACACCAUUAAUGGCUGCUGUUAUUAGUGGUAAACGUAUGGCAUGUUCAUUACUUGUUACCAGGGGUGCUGAUAUUGAUGCAUCACAUCCUAAUUUAGAAGGAUUAAAUGCAUUAAUAUUAUCAGUUAUUUGUAAUAAUCCUAAUAUAGUUUAUACACUCUUAGAUAUGGGUGCUAAUCCAAGAAAGACAAUUGGAACAAAAAAAAAAUUAGAUGCAUUACAAUGUGCUGAGUAUCUUAAAAAUGAUAAUAUUAUUAAUAUAAUAAGAACAUUUUAUGGUAAUAGAUUUUUAAAAGAUACUGUUGUAAAAGAAGUUGACUUAAGAGAUGUUAUAAAAGAAAAUGAUAUAAAAAAAUUGUCACAAUUAAUAGAAGAAAUGAAAAUUUCUAAAAGAAUUCCAUUUUAUGAAUAUGGAACAACAUUAUUAAUGUAUACAGUAUUCCUAGGAACAUUAGAAUCAUUAAAGUUAGUUUUUGAAGCAUUUGGACAAAAAGAUAAUCAGGAAGGAAGAUAUGGUAUGACAGCAUUAAUGUUUGCCAUAAUUAUUGGAGAUAAUGAUUUUAUAAAAUAUCUUCUUCAAAAAGAAUGUGAUACAAGAAUACAAAGUAAUGACUUAUUUACAGCACUUGACUUAGCAUACUACUCUACUUAUAUAGAUAGAGAAACUUUAAUUAUGUUACAAAAAUUUUAUUAUAUGAAAUAUCUUAAUAAUAAAAAAGGAAAUUUUACAAAUUUUGAAAAAACAAGAAGCAGUAAUACAUUUAAUAAAUCAUUAAUGCAACCAAUAAAAAGUGGUCUAUUUUCAAAAUUUAAUCUUAAAGUUGGUUUUUCUGAUUCAUAUGAAAAUGAAUAUAGUAAAAAGUAUAACAAUAAAAUAAGUGGUAGAGAUAAAUUUUUUCAAGAAUAUGAAACAAUGAAAUUACCUAUAAAUAAUUUAACAAGAUUUAUUACAGCUGAUGAAGUAUUAAGAAAUGAAAAAAAUUGUGACAUACUUCAUGACCCAACAUAUGAUGAUUAUAUUAAACUUGCAUAUAGAAUAUCAUUGGUAUGUUUUAUUAUUAAUUUUAAACAAAAAAAAAAUAGUGUAUAUUUUGUUUUGAGAACAUAA